GUGCUGUGUCCUGGGCAGGUAACCUACCUACCUUCAUUGUUCCUCUAGGGCGAGUUGUCUGGUGGCGCGCAACCAACCGCCCUACCAACCGCCAGCACUGCGUCCCACUUCCCCAGGCCCCACCAAAAAGUUGCGAGGUUGAAUUCUCUGUCCUGCAAUCCACGCCUCCAUUGCACCGCGAUAUCCUUUUUCAACUACACAACCGUGGACACGGCCCAAUGCGAGCAUGGCGGCCGACAACGAACCUCCUGCCGAAAAUGGUGCGCCGGCUGAGCAGCGUGGCAAUGCCACGACCGACGCCAAUCCCACCGCGACGAGCAGCGAGCCCGCCGCUGCUGGCGAUGCCACUGCGGCGAACUCUGGCGACAGAGGGCAGCCCUCCAAGAAGCGCGCAAAUGUCGGUCGAGCAGAGCGAAAGCGCGAGGCCAAGGAGUCCAAGAAGCGCCAGAAGCAAGACGACUGGCGCGAGUACAAGCGACGCAAGACCAACUCCCAGGGAGACUUGAUCGAGAGCGAGGCCAAGAACCCCUUCUCUAAGGAGGAGAUUGCGGCCGAGGAGCGACGUCCCAAGCGCAAGGUCGCCGUCAUGAUCGGCUACUCGGGCACGGGCUACAAGGGCAUGCAGGUCAACGGCGAUGAGCCCACCAUCGAGCGCGACCUGUUCCGCGCCUUCAUCGACGCCAAGGCCAUCUCCAAGGCCAAUGCCGACGACCCGCGGAAAUCAAGCCUGGCACGUUGCGCCCGAACGGACAAGGGCGUGCACGCGGCCGGCAAUGUCAUCAGCCUCAAGCUCAUCAUCGAGGACGAAGACAUUGUCGAACAGAUCAACUCUCACUUGCCGGAGCAGAUUCGCGUCUGGGGCAUUCAGCGCACAAACAACAGCUUCAACUGUUACCAGUACUGCGACUCUCGGUGGUACGAGUAUCUGAUGCCCAGCUACUGCCUGCUUCCUCCCCACCCGGCGACGUAUCUGGGCAAGAAGCUGGCCGAGCUGACCAAGGAGUAUGGCGCGGAGGAGAAGGUGGGCGCCCAGAUGGUAGACGUCAAGGACUUCUGGUCUGACGUGGAGGAGAAGGAGGUGAAGCCGAUCCUUGCCGCUCUGGAUCCCGAUACCAGGGCGCAGGUUCUUGAAAGGCUGCAUGUGUCUGAUGAGGAUGCCAAGGCGGAGGCUGACGCAGAGGCACCUGCUUCGAGCAAGGAAGAACCUACGACGGAAGAGAAAGACGCCGGGCAGAGUUCCACAGACGCGGCAGCGGAGCCCAAGCCUGUCCUUACCACCCACAAGCCUAAGCAUCGCACACUUGGCCCUGUCGACUUCGCCCUGCGCGACAUCAAGGCCGCCUACGUCGCUGCGAAGCGCCGCUACCGCAUCGGCACGGAACGUCUGCAGCGACUGCAGGCGGCUCUCGACAAAUACGUCGGCACCAACAACUUCCACAACUAUACCGUUCAGAAACCUUUCUCCGACCCUUCGGCUAAGCGACACAUCAAGUCGUUUGUUGUCAGCCCGCAGCCUGUCAUUAUUGGUGACACGGAAUGGCUUUCGCUCAAGGUCCACGGUCAAAGCUUCAUGAUGCACCAGAUCCGCAAGAUGGUCGGCAUGGUCAGUCUCAUGGUGCGAUGCGGCACGGACCUCGAUCGCGUCACUGAGAGCUACGGAAACCGCAAGAUUGCGAUUCCCAAGGCUCCAGGGUUGGGGCUGCUGCUUGAGCGACCCGUGUUCGAAAACUAUAAUCGCCGAGCCACUGAUUUACUGGACAAACCGGAGAUUGAUUUUAGCAAGUACGAGGAACCGUUGGAGGCGUUCAAGAAGAAGCACAUUUACACACGCAUCUUUGACGUGGAAGAGAAGGAAAACACGUUCCAUUCUUUCUUUAACCAGAUAGACCAGUUCAAGUCGAACCACUUCCUGUGGCUGACGGCCGGUGGGCUGAGCGUCGCUGAGAUAUCCAAGAGCGAGGGCAAGGUACAAGAGGAGGUGGACAAGGAGCUUGGUGAUGAGGACGAGGACCCCGAGGGAGGAGAGGGCUAGUUCAUAUGCAGCUAGAUAAUGAAUGCGAAUAGAGUU